AGCCCUUCCUGCUUACGUGAAUAUACGCCUAUCGAGCUUACAGGCACAUUUGUUUAAUGAGAGCAGCUUCCAGCUAACAUGGAGUUACAAAUGACAAAGGAACCAGCAGUUCACAACAAUGUUUGACCUGAUUUUGUUUGCGUCAGUUUCUGUUCAUCAUCAGAUGAACCUUGAAAUCUAUUAAUCCCUCAAAUUAAAUUGUUCUUUGGGGAUCCCGAUUGGGAGAGAAUGAAAAAGAACCUUUAAAGAUACUCUGAAACUUUGAAGAAUGCAGAGGAGGCAUAGCAGUAACACAGACAGUUUGCCACCUGAAAGAACAAGAACACAGACAGUAGGUUCAGAGGCCAGUCUGGAUGAAGGAGGAGUCUUUGAAGGCCUUAAACAAGAGGGUCCUUCUCACCAACAACUUUUCUCAGGAAUGGUGGGCCUGCCUUCUGGAAACAUGACUACUACUUCCUUCCAGGCAGCAAGCUUAGUGUUAGGCUCCACGUCAGAUGUCUUUAUUCAAAUGACCACCUCCACCAGAGAUGAAGGACCUCAUAGACCAGACAAUGUCCCUUACCUGCCAAGACAAUUGCCUCACCAUCACCACCAUCAUUUCCACCAGCCUCCUCCCCAUCGCUCAUCCCUGUUGCAUGCGGCUACAUCUGAUCGUCAUGGAAAUGGAGAUGAAGGACCAGAGGAUCCUUCUACCCCAGCCCCUGCCCUAUCUGAGCUCAGAGCUAUUAUUUCAUGGCUACAGAAAGGCCUGCCUUUUAUUCUUAUACUUCUGGCUAAAGUCUGUUUUCAGCACAAACUAGGUAUUGCAGUGUGCAUUGGGUUGGCCAGUACAUUUGCAAGUGCAAAUUCAACUAUCAAGUAUCAGGUCUCUUUGAGGGAAAAGAGGUCAGUUUUGGUCACAUUCUGGAUUAUAAUUUUCCUGACAGGUAACACCCUGUAUCUGUACCACACAUUUCACACUGAUGAGCUUUAUAACAGCCUAAUCUUUGUCAAUCCCAAUAUUGACAGCCUAGAUUUCUUCAACUUGAUUUGGGUUGUGGGGAUCACAGACUUCGUUCUCAAGUUCUUCACUAUCGGCAUAAAGUGUAUAAUUCUGGUCCUUCCAAGGAUUUUCCUGGCUUUUAAAUCACGGGGAAAGUUUUACUUGGUGAUUGAAGAACUGAGUCAGCUUUUUCGUUCCCUUGUCCCCAUCCAGCUGUGGUAUAAGUACAUUAUGGGGGAUUAUUCAGCCAAUAGUUAUCUGCUCAGUGGUGUACUCAUAAUUCUUUACAGCCUUUGCAAGAGCUUUGAUGUUUGUGGACGUAUAGGAGCACUUCGAAAGGCUCUUAAAGUUCUUUGCAGCUCACAGACAUUUGGUGUCCGCGCCAGCAGUCAGCAGUGCAUGGAGGCUGGAGGUGUGUGUGCCAUUUGCCAUUUGGACUUUUCUGACCCUGUAAUCCUGUUAUGCCAGCAUGUGUUUUGCGAGGAGUGCUUAUGCCUGUGGUUUGAUCGUGAGAAGACCUGCCCAUUUUGUCGCGCAGUAGUCAUUGACACACUGCGCUGCUCUAAGGAUGGCGCCACCUCUGCUCAUUUCCAGAUUUAUUAGUGCAUCGGAGCGCAUACUUGUGCAGGAUUUCACUGUGUGUUUAUCCUGCUAGUGGCAGAAAUUGAAACUGCAUCUUUUGAUUCACUCUGCUGUGCUUCAUUUAGAUACUUCAGUACAGUACUAUUCAGUACAUCAAUGAGAAAGUAAGGAGGAUACAGUAAGUGAAAAACACUAAGAUAUUUCUAAUAAAUAAAUACCUUAUUGCACAUUU